AUGGAAGAUGAGGGAGAGGAAUUUGAAACUAGCAACCAACAAUCAAAUGAUGGGAGUACUUCAGAUGUAGAUUUCAACCUAACUUUUGGCAAUAUUGAUCAUAAAGAAGCAGUUGCUAAUUCUAGCAUUGGUAAAGAAGAGGAUGACAAUCCAAAUCAUGAAGAGAGACAAUCAAAAACAGUUGUUCUUGAGCAUGCUAUCCAAAUCAAUGAUAAUGAGAGACAAAAGCCUGUUAUCAUCAGUGGAUUAGGAUGGUCGACAUUGAAGAUUCCUCCACCUAUGUUCAAAGUUGACAAAGAAGCUUACAUCCACAAGAUUGUCUCCAUUGGUCCAUUUCAUCAUAAUGAACCAAGUCUAAGAGCCAUGCAAACUCAAAAACGGCAAUUUCUCGAUCGCCUAGUUCAAAACCAAAUAGGGCAACUUAUCCAUGAAGAAAGUCUCAAAAAUGCCAUGAGAGAAUUGGAAGAAAAGACCAAAAAAUUCUAUGUAGAUGACUUUCAGACUAUAGAACGAGAUGAAUUUGUGCAGAUGAUGCUUCUUGACGGUUGCUUCAUUGUAGAACUCUUGCGUUUCUAUGAGAAAAAUCGUGAAGGGGAGCCCCUUUUCAAAACACGUUGGAUGCAAACAAAUAUCUCUCGUGAUUUACUUUUGCUUGAGAACCAACUCCCUAUGUUUGUGCUACAGAAGAUUUUUGAACUUACUCCCAGCUUGACGGGGGAGGCAACUCUGAAUACGCUUGCUCUCAAGUUUUUUGAACCCUUGAGACCUGGGAAGGAGAAAUUUGAAGAAGGGACAUUGAACAAGCAUGCGAAUAGUGAGUAUAUACAUCUAUUAGCUUUGUUUCACUCUACCUUAAUUUCAGGGGAUAAAACAUACCCACAACAGCUUGCAAAGAGUGAAAAGGAAAAAACACAUCUUAGGCUUCCUGGGAAAGGUUGGGUGCAUAAUGCCAAAACACUUAGCUAUGCUGGUAUUAAGUUCCAAGAAAAAUCUGGUGGCAUUCUCGACAUAUAG